AAACCCAAGACAGCUGAAAACCAGAAGGCAUCUGAGGAGAAUGAGAUUACUCAGCCGAGUGGACGCAGCGCCAAGCCAGGCCUUCCCUGCCUGAACUUUGAAGCUGUUCCGUCUCCAGACUCAGCCCUCAUCCACUCAACACAUUCACUGACAAACUCACACGCUCACACCGGGUCAUCUGAUUGUGACAUCAGUUGCAAGGGGAUGACCGAGCGCAUUCACAGCAUCAACCUUCACAACUUCAGCAAUUCCGUGCUCGAGACCCUCAACGAGCAGCGCAACCGUGGCCACUUCUGUGACGUGACGGUCCGCAUCCACGGGAGCAUGCUGCGUGCCCACCGCUGUGUGCUGGCCGCCGGCAGCCCCUUCUUCCAGGAUAAGCUGUUGCUGGGCUACAGCGACAUCGAGAUCCCUUCGGUGGUGUCGGUCCAGUCCGUACAAAAGCUCAUUGAUUUCAUGUACAGCGGGGUGCUCCGGGUCUCCCAGUCAGAAGCCCUGCAGAUCCUCACAGCGGCCAGCAUCCUCCAGAUCAAGACCGUGAUUGAUGAGUGCACGAGGAUUGUUUCUCAGAACGUUGGCGAUGUCUACCCGGUGAUUCAGGACUCUGGCCAGGAGACCCCCAGGGGGACGCCGGAGUCCGGCACCUCGGGGCAGAGCAGCGACACGGAAUCUGGCUACCUGCAGAGUCAUUCCCAGCACAGUGUGGACAGGAUCUACUCGGCCCUCUACGCCUGCUCCAUGCAGAAUGGCAGCGGGGAGCGCUCCUUCUACAGCGGGGCCGUGGUUAGCCACCACGAGACGGCCCUCGGGCUGCCGAGAGAUCACCACAUGGAAGACCCCAGUUGGAUCACCCGGAUCCAUGAGCGCUCACAACAGAUGGAGCGGUAUCUUUCCACCACUCCAGAGACCACCCACUGCCGAAAGCAGCCGCGCCCUGUCCGGAUCCAGACCCUGGUGGGGAACAUCCACAUUAAGCAAGAGAUGGAGGACGACUACGACUACUAUGGCCAGCAGAGGGUGCAGAUCCUGGAACGCAACGAGUCCGAGGAGUGCACGGAAGACACGGACCAGGCCGAAGGCACUGAGAGUGAGCCCAAGGGGGAGAGCUUCGACUCGGGGGUCAGCUCCUCCAUUGGCACAGAGCCCGACUCUGUCGAGCAGCAGUUCAUGGCUGGGAUCGGCCGAGAGGGUCAGCCGGAGCCUUCUCAGCCUGAGCCUGCUGAUCUGCCCACGGAAGGCGGCCAACAGCAGCAGCAGCAGCAGCAGCAACAGCAGCACCUAGAUGCCAACUCCUCUUCCCCAGAGAGGAGCAAUGAUGUGGAGAUAGACAGUGCCGUGCUCACAGUGAGCAACAGCGCUGAGAAAGGAGUCUUGCAGCCUUCGGUCAACACAUCGAUUGCCCAGCCAUUGCCAAGCACCCAGCUCUAUCUACGCCAGACAGAAACCCUCACCAGCAACCUGAGGAUGCCCCUGACCUUGACCAGCAACACACAGGUCAUUGGCACAGCCGGCAACACUUAUCUGCCGGCCCUCUUCACUACACAGACCGCAGGCAGUGGCCCCAAGCCUUUCCUCUUCAGCCUGCCCCAGCCCUUAGCAGGCCAGCAGACCCAGUUUGUGACAGUGUCCCAGCCUGGCCUGUCAACUUUUACUGCCCAGCUGCCAGCCCCACAGCCCCUGGCCCCAUCUGCAGGCCACAGCACGGCCAGUGGGCAGGGGGAAAAAAAGCCUUACGAGUGCACUCUCUGCAACAAGACUUUCACCGCCAAACAGAACUACGUUAAGCACAUGUUCGUACACACAGGUGAGAAGCCCCACCAAUGCAGCAUCUGUUGGCGUUCCUUCUCCUUAAAGGAUUACCUUAUCAAGCACAUGGUGACACACACAGGCGUGAGGGCCUACCAGUGCAGUAUCUGCAACAAGCGCUUCACCCAGAAGAGCUCCCUCAAUGUCCACAUGCGGCUCCACCGAGGGGAGAAGUCCUACGAGUGCUAUAUCUGCAAGAAGAAAUUCUCCCACAAGACCCUGCUAGAGCGCCACGUGGCCCUGCACAGUGCCAGUAACGGCACCCCGCCCACUGGCACGGGUUCUGGUGCCAGAGCCGGCCCCACCGGGGUGGUGGCCUGCACGGAGGGGACCACUUAUGUCUGCUCCGUCUGCCCAGCUAAGUUUGACCAAAUCGAGCACUUCAACGACCACAUGAGGAUGCAUGUGUCUGAUGGAUAAGUAGUAUCUUUCUCUCUUUCUUACGAACAAAACAAAACAAAACAAAACAAACAAAAAAAAAAGC